AAAAACUCGACACGUCGUCGUUUCAAGGAAAAGCAACGUUUAAAACCCAACGGCUAGUUCCAUGAUCUUACCGUUCGACAAGACACCCAUAAUUCAAAAAUCUUCUUCUCCUUCUUCUUACAGCACAGCCUCUACUCAUCAAACUCUGCAAGAAAAUUCCAACUAUUAAAAAAAAAAACACACAAACACGCAGUAGCAAAUCCCAGAAAACAGAGCUGAAUUAAAAGCAAAUGGCGUACUCGUACACACCGACAUACUACACGUCGCUGCACGAUUCGAUCAGCUCGAUGUGCAAGAACAUCCUUCCGUUCUCGUUCAAGAAGAAGCGGCUGCCGGCGAUUGCAGCGGCGGAGCAGCAGCUCUCGAAGCAGCAGUCCGAUAAUCUGAAAUGGCAGCAGGAAUCGUACCACCAGAUACUUAAUUUGAUGGGCCUCUGCAAAGAGGGAAUCCUUCACCAAAAUGAGGUUUCCACUUUCAGAAUCCAUCUUCUCGAAACCCUAAUUUCAAUGUCCGUCGAUUACGAGCCCCCCGUCAUUUUGAGAGAUAAGCUCAUCUUCUUGCAGGAAUUACUGUACGCGAAAUGCAUAUCGGACGAUGAGUACCAUAGAUCGAAGAUGCCUUUGUUACAAAAGUUAGCAGAUCAAGGUGCGGAAAUUAAGGAAAGGGAUUUUAUAGUUGAGCCGAAAAAGCAAGAGUGGUCCGUUAAUGAUUUGAAGGAAAGUAAUAAAUCUUCGGUCAUAACACCGAAGAAUAAAAUUAAAGAAGGGUCUCCGACAAAGAAAUCAAACGGGACUUCAUCCGUUUCCGGUUUUGUUACACCGGAUAAAAACGGAACGUUGAAGGAGGAUAAUAAUAGUAAUAUUAGAACGGGCAAUCGAAAUGUAAGAACCGUUAGUUUUCCGAGGAGUGAGCUUAUGAGUUCUAGUGAGAAUCCGUUUUGGAAUCGUUGUUUGGACGAGAAAGAAAGUGAGUCGAAGUCGAUUCUUAUGAUGGAGACUUUCCCCGAGCAAAGUGGCGGCAGUGCUAAAGGAAAAAGGAAACCGUUUAGAGCUCUGUUUCAGAAAGAUCUAAAAGAGGGGCAUUUUGGUAAUAUCGAGGAGAAAGAAAGAGCAAAAUCGGUGAAAAAAACGUGGGGUUUUGAUGGAUUCAAGAAAUGGAAGAAAUCAAAUCCCGAUGAUGAAACGGCUCCUUUGUCCCUUACUGAAAAAUCGGACGGUAUAAGUUGCACCGAGCAAACGGAGAAGAAAUUGCAUCUAAAUGGUUCAACGGUUUUACGAGAGAAGAUGAAGGAGGAGCCAUCCCAUAUCCAAGUGGAAGUCAUCGAAAGAAGUGCACGUGUCCAUUUGUCAGGCGAUCAAACUGAAGAAAUCUCGACGUGGCAUCGUGAUGCAGACAGUGCUGACUCGAAGAAGUUGUUUCAAAAAUCGGGGGCUGAUUCUGUAAAUUCUUCGGGUUUAGCUAGGGAAAAAGUCAACUCGAAAAGAUGGACAACAUUUGAUGAUGAUGAUUAUGAAGAAGAAAAUUCACAUCCAAAUCUCUUUGCUCCAAAAGCAAAUUUGUCUUCGUCGAGGAAUGCUCAAACAUCGAUUAAUAGUAGCAUCGACAAGGGGUUUAGAUACAACCCUUUUUUCGAUAUGUGAGAUAUUUAAUUAUGAACAAGCCGACACCUGAAUCGGCUUUCUUUUCAUGUCAGAAAUACUCGAAAAACAUGGAUUCUUAUAUGCUUCUUUAAUGUGUGUGUGUGUGUGUGUGUGUGUAUCUUUUCUUCCUUUGAAAAUGGAUUGUAUUGUAAUUGUAUUACUUUGGAACACUAUAUAGUUGUUAGCUUGGAUUAACUAGGGAUCAAGUUAUAUAUAUGUACUCUCCAUUAUAUCAUAGUGUUAAA